GCACUUCACGUGACGUUCGUGCGCAGUGAACAUGGCGGCCACCAGCGGACCUAACUUCUGGCUGGGGAACGAGACCCUGAAGGUGCCGCUGGCACUCUUUGCCCUGAACCGGCAGCGCCUGUGCGAGCGGCUACGGAAGAAUAAGGCUGUGCAGGCGGGCUCCCUGGUGGUGCUGCAGGGCGGCGAGGAGACCCAGCGCUACUGCACCGACACUGGGGUGCUCUUCCGCCAGGAGUCCUUCUUCCACUGGGCUUUCGGUGUUACUGAGCCAGACUGCUAUGGCACCAUUGAUGUUGAUACUGGAAAGUCGACCCUGUUUGUGCCCAGGCUUCCUGCCAGCCAUGCCACCUGGAUGGGAAAGAUCCAUUCCAAGGAGCACUUCAAGGAGAAAUACGCCGUGGAUGAAGUCCAGUACUCUGAUGAGAUCGCCAGCAUCCUGACAUCACGGAACCCCUCCGUCCUCCUCACUUUGCGUGGUGUCAACACGGACAGUGGCCACACCUGCAGGGAGGCCUCUUUCGAGGGCAUUAGCAGGUUCAAUGUCAACAACACCAUUCUUCACCCAGAGAUUGUUGAGUGUCGAGUGUUCAAGACCGACAUGGAGCUAGAGGUCCUGCGCUACACCAAUCGGAUCUCCAGCGAGGCUCACCGGGAGGUCAUGAAGGCUGUCAAAGUGGGAAUGAAAGAAUAUGAGAUGGAAAGCCUCUUCGAGCACUACUGCUAUUCCCGAGGUGGCAUGCGUCACAGCUCCUACACCUGCAUCUGUGGCAGCGGGGAGAACUCUGCCGUGCUGCACUAUGGACACGCUGGAGCCCCCAAUGACCGCACAAUCCAGGAUGGAGACAUGUGCCUGUUUGACAUGGGUGGUGAAUAUUACUGCUUUGCUUCCGACAUCACCUGCUCCUUUCCUGCCAACGGCAAGUUCACCACAGACCAGAGGGCCAUCUAUGAGGCUGUACUGCGCAGCUGCCGCGCCGUCAUGAACGCCAUGAAGCCAGGUGUAUGGUGGCCCGACAUGCACCGCCUGGCCGACCGCAUCCACCUGGAGGAGCUGAGCCGCAUCGGCGUGCUGAGCGGCAACGUGGAUGCCAUGGUCCAGGCCCACCUGGGGGCUGUGUUCAUGCCUCAUGGGCUAGGCCACUUCCUGGGCAUUGAUGUGCACGACGUGGGAGGCUACCCCGAGGGUGUGGAGCGCAUUGACGAGCCGGGCCUACGCAGCCUGCGUACCGCACGGCAUCUGGAACCUCGCAUGGUGCUCACAGUGGAACCAGGUAUCUACUUCAUCGACCACCUCCUGGACGAGGCUCUGGCUGACCCAGCCCGUGCCUGCUUCUUCAACCGCGAGGUCCUGCAGCGAUUCCGUGGCUUUGGUGGGGUCCGCAUUGAGGAGGACGUCGCGGUGACCGACACUGGCGUGGAGCUGCUGACCUGCGUGCCCCGCACUGUGGAGGAGAUCGAAGCAUGCAUGUCAGGCUCUGACAAGGCCUUCACCCCUUUCUCUGGUCCAAAGUAGGGUCCACCAGGCAUGCCCAGCAGGACUGGGGCCUGCCCCUCUCUGUGGUGGGGAGCCUGCUGAUUGACCCCCACCACACACACUUCUGAUCAGAUAGUGCUUCCAGGCCACAAAACCCAUUUGUAUUAACCUGCUUAAAUGACAGUGACUUAAAAUGUUGCCUGAUAAACCAGUGCCUCAGUAGCAACUAAAAUCCCAGCUCACUGCCGCCGAUUUAUAUUCUGUUUCUCAGGAGAGGCCUUCCCAGGGUUUCUUCUCAGACAAUCACUGUGCAGAAUGGAAUUUGCAAUAAAAGGUUUCCAAAAAUGGUCUGCUGCAUGCCACCCUCUUUACAUUCAGCCCUUUCCAGUCAGGCACUCGGGACCCAUGGCCUCUGGGAACAAGUGCUAGUGCUGAGUUGAAGCUCAGGAAACUCAGGGCUGGGUACACAGGCCUUCUGGCCUCUGCUGCUGCCUCAGCCUGGCCACACAAGGGCAGUGACCUGGCCCCAGGAGCCUGCUUUGAGUACUGGAGUCCCUGCCAGGCUUCGCUGUUGCUCUGUCACUUGUUACAAACUUCCCAAGACUAACAGGAGUCAGAACCACAGGGCUCUGAGUCAGAGAUCCCCAGGACCCACAUGAAAGCAGGACUUCUGCAUCUCAGUUGCUAGGGGUGA